CGGCAGGGCGCAUGCGCGGGGUUCUCCGGCUGGUGUCUGCCGGGGGCUACGAGGAAGAUGGCGGCCGGCUGCGGGGCUGGCGCUUGCUGCUGCUGCUGCUGCGGGGAGAGAGAGAGCCGCACCCCGGAGGAGCUGACUAUCCUUGGAGAAACUGAGGAAGAAGAUGACGAGAUUCUCCCACGUAAGGACUACGAGAGUUUGGACUAUGAUCGUAGCAUCAACGAACCCUACCUGGAAGUUCUGGAAAGCCUUGAUAGCAAGAAAGGCUGGCGGUAUGAAGCGGUGAAGUGGAUGGUGGUUUUUGCCAUUGGAGUCUGCACUGGGAUGGUUGGUCUCUUUGUGGACUUCUUUGUACGACUCUUCUCCAGACUCAAGUUCCACAUCGUGCAGAAUUCGGUGGAGGAGUGCAGCGAGAAAGGCUGCCUUGCGGUGUCCCUGCUGGAGCUUCUCGGCUUUAACCUGACCUUCAUCUUCCUGGCCAGCCUCCUCGUCUUGAUCCAGCCUGUGGCUGCCGGUUCUGGGAUUCCUGAGAUCAAAUGCUACUUGAACGGAGUGAAGGUCCCUGGGAUUGUUCGCCUCCGGACUCUGGUGUGCAAAGCUCUCGGGGUGCUCUUCAGCGUCGCUGGAGGUCUCUUUGUAGGGAAGGAAGGUCCUAUGAUCCACAGCGGUGCUGUGGUAGGAGCCGGUCUGCCUCAGUUCCAGAGCAUCUCUUUGAGGAAGAUCCAGUUCAACUUUCCCUAUUUCCGCAGUGAUAGGGACAAGAGGGAUUUUGUGUCUGCCGGAGCUGCUGCUGGUGUGGCCGCAGCCUUUGGGGCCCCAAUUGGUGGCACGCUCUUCAGCCUCGAAGAGGGCUCGUCCUUCUGGAACCAGGGCCUGACGUGGAAAGUGCUCUUUUGUUCUAUGUCUGCCACCUUCACUCUGAACUUCUUCCGCUCCGGGAUCCAGUUUGGAAGUUGGGGUUCCUUCCAGCUCCCGGGAUUGCUGAAUUUUGGGGAGUUCAAGUGCCUGGAAUCUGACAAAAAAUGCCACCUGUGGACGGCCGUGGACUUGGGCUUCUUCAUCCUGAUGGGGAUCUUGGGCGGCCUCUUGGGGGCUACCUUCAACUGCAUCAACAAGAGGCUGGCCAAGUACCGCAUGCGGAACGUCCACCCCAAGCCCAAGCUGGUCAGAGUCUUGGAGAGCCUGCUGGUGUGUCUAACGACCACCCUUGUGGUGUUUGUCGCUUCCAUGGUUCUAGGGGAAUGCCGGCCGCUGUCUUCCGCCAACCACGGGGGCAACAGCUCUCUCGGCCUGCAGGAUUCUUCAUAUGACGAAGUGAAUUCCAGCAUUAAGACAUUCUUCUGCCCAAACGACACUUACAACGACAUGGCAACCCUUCUCUUUAACCCUCAGGAGUCCGCCAUCUUGCAGCUUUUCCACCAGGAGGGUACCUUCAGCCCAGUCACCCUCUCCCUGUUCUUCCUCCUCUAUUUCCUCCUUUCCUGCUGGACUUACGGGAUUUCUGUGCCCAGCGGCCUCUUUGUCCCGUCGCUGCUUUGCGGGGCUGCCUUCGGACGCCUGGUGGCCAACCUCCUCAAAAGUUACAUCGGCCUGGACCACAUCUACUCGGGGACCUUUGCCCUGAUUGGGGCAGCCGCCUUCCUGGGAGGGGUGGUGCGCAUGACAAUCAGCCUCACCGUCAUCCUGAUCGAGUCCACGAACGAGAUCACUUACGGGCUCCCCAUCAUGAUCACACUUAUGGUAGCCAAAUGGACUGGAGACCUCUUCAACAAGGGUAUCUACGACAUCUACAUCAACUUGCGAGGGGUGCCGCUUCUCGAGUGGGAAACCAAGGCAGAAAUGGACAAGCUGAGAGCCAGCGACAUCAUGGAGCCCAACCUGAUGUACGUUUACCCCCACACCCGGAUCCAGUCCCUCGUGAGCAUCUUGCGCACGACGGUUCACCACGCCUUCCCGGUCGUGACGGAAAACAGGGCGUACGAGAGAGAGUUCAUGAAGUGGGACCAGCUGAUCAGCAACAACAUCAAGUUCAAGAAAUCCAGCAUCCUCACCCGGGCUGGCGAACAGCGUAAACGCAGCCAGUCCAUGAAGUCCUACCCAUCUAGCGAGCUUCGCAACGUCUGUGACGACCACAUCGCAACGGAGGAGCCUCCGGAGACAGAGGACAUGUUGCAGCAGAUGCUGGAGCGGAGGUACACCCCAUAUCCUAACCUUUACCCGGACCAAUCGCCAAGUGAAGAGUGGACCAUGGAGGAGCGAUUCCGGCCCCUCACCUUCCACGGCCUCAUCCUGCGCUCGCAGCUGGUCACCUUGCUGGUGCGAGGAGUCUGUUACGCGGAGAAUCAGUCAAGCACCAGCCAGCCUCGACUUUCGUACGGCGAGAUGGCGGAAGAUUACCCUCGCUAUCCCGACAUCCACGAUCUGGACCUCACGCUUCUGAACCCCAGGAUGAUUGUGGACAUCACGCCUUACAUGAAUCCCUCCCCUUUCACGGUUUCCCCGAAUACUCACGUCUCGCAAGUCUUCAACCUCUUCCGGACGAUGGGGCUCAGGCAUUUGCCCGUGGUGAAUGCUGUUGGGGAGAUCGUUGGCAUCAUCACACGCCACAACCUGACUCACGAAUUCCUGCAGGCCAGGCUACGGCAGCACUACCAGACCAUCUGACCCCUCCCCUCCCAUCUCCCAAGCCGCCGCUUCGGAUCCCGCGUGGCCCCCGGGUCACCUUCGUGCACUUUAAAGGCAACAAAAGCGGACUGGCUUCUUUCUCACUGGGCAGAGGCCCCCAGUGACCUCUUGGGGGGCCCAGAAGACUCUGGGAGUUGUGGUCUGAACACUCGUCGGCUAAUCUUAGGGGCUUGCUCGCCUGCUUCCCCAAUUGGCUUUGGAUCGGUAUCGUUCCGACAUUUCACCGCCCCACCGGCACGUUUUGAGAAGAGUCAUAUCUAUGCCAUAUUCCAGAUGGAAGGAACAUCUGCCCUUUUCUCCUCUCCUUGCCUUAUCCUAAAACCAGGUGUUAACCAUCUCAAAAGACUCAGAAGACCAAUGCAGCACUUAGCCGAUAUAUCUCAAGCUUGGGCCAGCAAUUCCCUCCUAUUUCACAUUCGUAGUUUCAGCAAGGCUAAGAAGAAGAGACACUUUUUUCUUUUUUCUUUUACCGGAGACUCUGGAAUUCCCUGAGUAGAAUUUUCAUUUUCAUUCCACUUCACUUUUGAGUUGUUGUUUUCUUGGCUAGAGGCUGGGAUCCUUGAUGUUUGGGGGUGGGGGAAAGUCUCCACUUGAGUGAAUCAAACCCUUGACCCUUAAUUAUCUUUUUUUGGGGGUGGGGGAAGUUAUAGGUGCAUGUGGAAGGGAACGAACAAUCGUACCGCUAAAAGUAAGUGUAUGUUGGGGUGUGUUAGUGUGUGUUAGUGAAAGGUAGCGUCUGCCUCUUGUGAGUGAGAAAAGCUACCUGGGUCAGUUUUGCGAGGGUUUGGCGGCUGGAGUGCUGUGGGUUUGUUUGCACCUACAACCCUCCAGGCAUUGCUGGACUACGACUCCCAUCACCUCUGACCACUACUGGCUGCUGGGAAAGGAGUCACAGAUUCACCAACCCUGCAUUGAAGAUCCAAGAUGGAGCAGGUAUGUGCAUACAGAACAGAUUCAAGGCCUCCUAGCUCUCUAAAGGCUUAAUUUUUUUUAAAGAAUAAGUCAGCACCCUGAAUUGGAAAUUGGGACCUCGAAUUAUCUCUUCCCGGGCCAUCUUUGGUUGGCAUUGUAGUAUGGAAGCUUUAGAGCAGAGGGUUGGAACCACUGUCCUUCCAGAUGUUGGGACUACAGCUCCCAUCAUCCCUGGCUCUGGGGCUGAUGGGGAUUGGAGUCCAGUGGUCUCUGGAGGGCAAAACCCUGCUCUCGAGGGAGAGAGACAUUGGGAGUUGAGCUGAACCAGUUUGCCUGAAGGGUUUCCAGUACACAGUAGGCUUGAUGGCCGGUGGCAGUUCAGCGUCACUGAGAAGAAUCUCGCUUGCCUUGCGGGUGGCUGGCUGGCACCCUGACGCAGACAUUUUGCAGGAAAAAUACAGCUCAUUGAUGAAAGUUCCCCCUAAUCAAACCCGCUGGUGAUUGGCACCCGUAAUUCCUACCUGUCUCAGCCCCUUAAACUGCCACCAGCUGGUCGCUCCAUACCAAGCUGCUGCCAAUGUAUAGAAAACCAAACUUAAAUAUAUUUCUGGAGUGUUUAAAGGUUUUCUCCUGCAUGCGCUAGGCAGUUAGCAGCAAUUCCCAUAGCAAACCCGAGCGGGUCACGUGCAUCGGGACAACAGCUCUGUGGCUACAGAGGCGCCAAUUUGCGGCGUGGCCCUGCCAUGUCUCCUCAGAUCUACCUGUGCCACAUCUGGUUGGGUUUAUCUGACACCCACACACCCCACUGCAGAUCUCCAAUCUUUCCCUACCCCCUGCAAGUGAUCAUAAGGACUGUUGCGGGAUUCAGUCCUCCGAACAGUAGAUCUCCAGGGGGUGUCCCUGAGAAUCCUGUUUUCAUAGAAAGACUUCCCUUUAACUAGCAAGUCUUGAAAAGUUGCAAUUGUGACACCCAGUCCAGGACCAAAAUAGGAUUUUCUUUUGCAGAGGGGGGGGGGGCUGUCAGCAGCAGUUCUAGGAGCGCUUGAGAGAGUUCCUGUAAUUGCAGAGUCACCUCAAGCCAGCCCAGGCCGGUCUGGGGCUUCUCACAAGCCCCAUCUCGGCUGCCCCCUUCGCAGUUAUUCCAGCGGACUCCUGCCUCCGUAGGUUUUCCCUCCUGUUCUUGCUUCUGCUAAAUCUCUCCGGUUUGGAAAGGUGACAGCCCUAAUGCUGAUGGUCUUGAUAAAGCACAGUUGUGGAGUGUGGAUUUUGCAGGUUUUUUCUUCCCAGGCCAAACAGCCGGAGAGAAAAUGCAUUCCAAGAAAAGGACCCCUACAGCUCUGCCUGCACAC